CACAUAUAUACGCAUCUAGAGAGAAAGAGAGAAAGAGAGAAGCAAGAAAAAGAAUAGAAAAAAGAAGUAUAGCUUGCGCGUCUUCCAUAAUAAAUGCAACAUAAUCAAACGUAGAGGGAGAAAAAAUUUUUCGCGCGCCGUCCCCGUCGGCAUAUUGUAUAUCAGAUAUAAGCAGCAUGCAAACUUAACCUCUUUUUGAACGCGUAAAUAUCUUGUGAAACAAAUAUCCAUCUUUCGAAAAUUUCACGCGUAGAAAUUUGAGAGGAAAAGAGAAUCAACUUACUAACAAGAAAAACGCGUUCGCAGCUGCACGAUGGCAGAAAUCGGUGGCGCGAGCGUGUUUACAAAUGGGAAUAGCGGUAGUAGAGAUCUUUUACAACAAGCGUUUCAGCAAGUUGUCGACGAAGAUGAUCAAGAUAAUGAGUUUGUGGCAUUUCUUCAGAACGAUGCAAGUGACGCUCAAGUUAUUCAAUUAACAGCAGAACAAGCUGCAGCACUCGGUAUAACCAUAAAAUUCGACGAUCAGUCUUCAGAGGCUAACACUACAGAUUUCCAAAAUUGCAGAGAAUUAGAACAAUCGCAACAACAAAGUUUAAGCCAAGAGGAAUCACAGCGGAUUAUUAAUGAAUUGACUGAAAGUGGAUUAUUAAAACAUAAUGGAGAUGAUACAUGCGCUACAUUUGAUGGGUACACACAAAAUGCUCAUAAUGAGAAUUAUCAGCAAGAAUCAAUUGAAUCCAGUUUAACAUUAAAAACAAUAGAAAAUUUUAAUCAAGAUGAAGAAAACAUAAUUACAGAACAAACAAAUAAUAUUGUUCAAGUUCACAUAAAUCAAACAGAAGAUAAAUUAGAACAAAAAGCUUCAAAAAAUGCUGAAAAUCAAUGUGAUAGAAAUUUUUUACAAAAUACAAUUCAAAUCAAUAUAUCUUCAGCUAAUACCCAAACAAAUAACAGUAUUACUGAAUCUCAAGCACAAAUAUUGCAAAGGUUUCCUGUGAUUUUACCAUCUUCUCAGUUUAUUAUCAAACCAGCUCAAACAGUACUUACACCUGUUAAGAAUAUUAGAAUAUUACCUAAUACAACUAAAACUUCAAACACUAUACAUACUUCACAAAAUUCUUUACUUCUUCCAAAAACAUCACUAUUAAAUACUAUAUCUCCACAAUUAAUUAAAGCUAUGCCUGCAGGGACACAAUUUCUUAGUACAACAAAUAAUAUAUCUACACAACUACUAAAUACCUCACAAUUGUUUUCCAAAAACUGUGAUAACAAUGAUCAAGAAAUGAAUGAAUCAUUAUAUGCAAUGGAGAACAUGAAUAAUGCACCUGCAUUAACACAAAAUUUGAUUUGUCAGUCUACUGGAAAGUCUGUACAAAGUCAAAUUCAGCAAAAAGGAAAUCUUCAACAAUUUUUUACCCCCAUCUUGAAAACAACUUCAAAUUCCCAAACAUCUGUAAAAACUAUGUCUUUAUUGAAUAGUAAUACAAUUAAACAAAAUGCAACUACUUCUACUAUAAAGUCUAUCCAGUUUCCUACACAAUUAUUGAAAACUACAUAUAUAAAAAAUCCAAUGGUAUCUUUAGCAUCGUCAAAAAAUACUAGUACAUCAGUGAUAUUCAGAACAGCUCCAGCAAUGAAGACUGAUGAUUCAAAGUCAACUUCCGUUUCAACUUCAAAAAUUAGAACUCAGUCUUCUAAUACACCAGUGUCGAUCCUGAAACCUCAAACAAAGAGCAUAAAUAGUAUUUUAUCGAAACAAAAUUAUACAAAUACAUUUAUAGCCCAAAAAAAUUCUAUCAAACAGAUUGAGUUUUCAGACACUAUAAAGCCUUUAGUUACUGCAAAAUUAAAACAGAGUAUGAAUUCUAUAAUAAAAAGUAUUAAAAAAAAAAUACCACAAAAGCAAACUAUUACUAAGCUAGAGUCAGAUAUAAACAAACCAUUGGGAUCUAGUGAAAAUCCCAUCCAAAUUGUACAACAAGGUCAUACUUUUCAUAGUAUGCAACGUUUGACGCAGUCUCAGUUGAAGCAGAUAGCUCAGGUUCUGCACCAACGUAGUCAAGAAUCUUCGAAUCCUAACGAAAAAGUCGUUUAUAGACUGGUUUUUCCUGACGAAAUGGAUCUAAGAAUGAAGAGUCCAAGUUCAUUACUAAAAAAUCGGGGAGGUAAGCGGGGUAGGCCAAAGAAAAAUGCUAUAAGACCGCCUAUCUUAACUAAUAAACUAACUCCUGAAGAAGAACAGGAUGACGGGAAGGAUGAACGGAAAAAGAUUGUGGCGCGUACAAGAUCCGGUAGAUUGUCCAGGCCUCCUAGACACAUGGUGCGCGAUUAUAAACAUCUACAUCACUUAGAUUUUAUGCAACCAGACAUGGAUGACUCGGAUGGUGGCUAUAGCGAUUACAACACGAGUGGAGGUUGCAUUAACAGCAAUAAACUCGAGGAGGAAGAUGGUAUCCAAAGGACAGAACUGCUAGCAGGUUUGGAGGUGCCGAAGCGUAAGAUAUCCGAUCACUUUAGGUGUCCCACAUGUAGCAAAAUCUACUUAGGCAGAACAAGAAUGGCCAGACAUUUCGAAAUGCAUCCAGAUCAUGGAAGUCCCGAUCAACUACCGCCACCGACUAUCGAAGCCGAAUUGAAACAGACUCCACCUCAAGAUCCAUUGAAAAGAAAAGGCAAAAAACGUGGUCCUUGGGCGUAUGUCACUCCCGAGGCAAAGUCUGAGCGACGUCAAAUGAAGCUUCAAGAAGCAAUAUCUGUGUGUGAAGGAGCGGAAAUUGCUAAAAUCGCUGGCAAACCAGUAGUCAAUUCCCUUUCGCUUUUUGAUCUCCUUAUCCUCAAGUCUGAAAACAAUGUUCGGACGUUUCUCACAGAAAUUAAGGAGCUUGUUGAGCGUAUACGUGAAAAAACCGGAACGAUGUUAUCAGCGGCAAAUAACGAGGAUAAACUUAACGACGAUGUAGUAGAUUUGAAUGAGGAACUACUAUGUGAUGUACUCGCUCUCAAUUCCGGAUUUUAUAGAGUCAAUGAAGCUUUGAAUAUCGAAGAAAUAGAUACGGAAGAAAGGAAUUCAAAUGAAAAUUUUGAAAUGGAAAGUAGCACUGAGCCGCCUCUUAAAGUACAGAAGUCAGAAACUGUAUUAGAGGAAGUAGCUAAAGACAAUUUAGAAGAAAGAUUAUCCAGUGGAUUUUCAGAGAGCUCUGAUCUUAGUGUCUCAGAUUUUCUAAAUGAACGAAGAAUAGAUUCUAUGUCUGUUAAUUGCCCAGAAGUUUUGAGCGCUCUUACCCUCAUGCCUAGGAAUAAUUCAAGUCCAGUAAAUGAUGUUUCAAAAGUUUUAACUUCAGGAGCUGAAGUUGAAACUACAGAUAACCCUGGGUUCCAGAAAUUAAAUAUUAACAUUUCGUCAACUCCAAAUUCCAGUUUUAUGAAUGAAGUUACCUUCACUAAAUUGGGAGAGAAUUUGGACUCCAGUUGUACAGAUGUUUUUACAAAAUUGAAUGGUAAUUAUGACCAAACCAAAGUAGAUAACCUGCCAAGAGCAUUUAUAAAAUUGGAACCAACCGAAGAAGGAUUUAUAAAAUUGGAAAAUGGAAUAUUUGGAGCGUUUCGUCAGGAAAUUGAAGGAUUUGGAAAAAUACAGAGUAAUGGUUUUCAUUACGUAUCCAGUGGUGUUUCAGAUACUUUUAAUAAUAACAAAGGUUUUAGGAAAUUAGUACCAAAAGCAUCAACAAUGACAGUACUUGAUAAUGAAGAUUUAAAAGUGAUCAAUAAUAAUAGCGUCGUUGAAGUUGACGAGAAUUCUGUUCAGAUAACAACGAAUAGUAACAACAACAAUAUCGAAUCUAAUAUUUUUGAAACAUCUAAUAAUUUAGACAUAACAAAAAUUACGAGUUAUGAUAUCGGACAUUUAGAUAUUCUCGAUAAUACUGGCGUUAUGGACAAAAAUCUUAUGAUUGAUGAUAAAUUUGUAGAGCACAUGGAACUAGCUGAUAAUUCCAAUAUGGUAGAUGAAAUAGUUUCUGAAAGACUGAAGACUAUGAUACCAGAUAAUUUAUUAGAAAGUAAUUUAUUACAUGGAAAUGGAAAUUUAGUUACAGAACUUGAUUUUGAAGAACUGAGCGAAGAAUUCAAUAGAAAUACUAGAAGUUGAUAAAGAGGUUUAAAUGUUCUUUUUACUUAAAAGAGGUAAAGUUAAUGGGAACGAGAUUAUUUUUCCGUAGCUAAGCAAAAGUAAAAAAUUAAAUUUAGAAUUUAUAGA